AUGCUUGUAUUUCCACAGGAUCAAUCAAAUUUGUCACUUUUAAAAAUCAGCCAAUUUUCAGCCGAAACUCCAAACGAAACACUCACUUAUUAUGCGAUCUCAGCUGGUGCUAAUCUUUCAAAUUUAACAAGCUCUGAUGAAGAUUGGAACGAAUACGUUCGAGUGACCAAAGAUGAUUAUCUCAUAACAAUGCCAGUCAGUUUUACAUUCGACAAUGACAACGCAUACUGGAUAUGGGCAGAAGGCAGUGAAUUGGGUAAACUUGUCGUUCACAAAUUUGGUGAUCCGAGCCACUACAAGGUGCUAUAUGAGGCGAAGAAAGCAGAAAUUGAUUACAGCACCGAUGAUUUCUACGAGAAUAUUUUCAUACAUCCAAUCGACAAAACGAUUCUUGCAGUCACUGAGACUUAUCACAAACCCAUUUAUCACCUUCUGAACGAUACAAUCAAAGAGGAUAUGAACUAUUUAACUAAUUUCAAACCGAAUGAUUCACUUCGUAUUGUUGGAACUAGUCAAGAUUUUAAUGUUUGGUUAGUGACAUAUCUAACAGAUCAAAAUCCACCAGAAUAUUUCAUAUAUAAUCGUCAACAUAAGAAAGUUGCUUUCUUGUUCGGUACUUGUAGAGAGUUGAAGAAUGCGAAAUUUGGUCGUAUGAUCGGAUUCGACUUUCAAACACACGAUAAUCUCACUAUUCAAGCGUAUCUCAGCCUGCCUCCUGACGUCAAGAUGCGUUCAGUAUCUGAAAUCGCGAAUGCACAAGAAAGAAAAUAUGCUAAAAUGGGACUCUUACCUGCUUUACCACAGAAAAUGGUCAUCCAUGUGCAUGGUGGCCCUCAAUACCGUGAUCGAUUCGGUUUCUCAAGGGAUAAUUUCUGGCUAACGAACAGAGGAUAUGCAGUCUUACAGGUGAAUUUCCGUGGAAGUGUGGGAUUCGGAAAGCGCGUUGCAAAUUCUGGUAAUGGUGAAUGGGGUCGAAAAAUGCACUACGAUCUGAUUGAUGCGGUUAAUUUUGUAGUUCGUCACGGUAUUGCAAACCGAUCGCAGAUUGCAAUUAUGGGUGGAUCAUACGGUGGUUAUGCCACAUUAAUUGCAUUAACUAAAUCACCAAACGUGUUCGCAUGCGGUGUGGACAGUUACGGU